AUGGCUUCUCAAGCAACCCCCAAGCACCUCCAGAAUACCCUUGGCCCUCGCUGGGACACUCCUACAUCGCCACGACAUCGCAGGGGAGCUGUGAAUUACGACGAGGGUAGUUCCAUUGAUUCGGAAAAGGCUGUCAACGCCCCCUCAGCCUCGAAAUCUAAGGGCAGAAAUACCACCAGAGAAACCACCAGCUCCCCGCGCAAGAACUCCAAGAACAAUAGUCAUAACGGGGAUAAUCUAUCCAGUGAACUCGCAGAAGUUUUCCUUGGAUCCCCCGCCAGUCACCAAGAUUCCGUCUCAGGCGAGGCUGCGACUCCGACAGGGGAAUCUGACAAAAGCCUGUCCUACAGCAGAAAUCCUAAAGGAAAGGAAAUAGAGCGGCGCUCUAGUAGCACUGAAGAGAAUAUGGGUCCAAUUAAAGAUAAUGGUAUGUCUCGAUGCAACAUCGCCCUUGCACCCACUGACAACUUGCUAGCGUCCAAACGGAAGGCAGAAGAGCCUCCAAGCACUCCAUCCGGUAACAAAAGACUUAAGAGCUCCCACAGCCAUACACCAGAACCUAUAACAAACGUCAUACCGGCUCCAGAACCAAUUGCUUUCCCAGAAAAGCCUGCAGUUCUCGAAGAACGAAAUGGGGGAAUCGAAUUCCGAGUUGUGAACAACGAUAAUAAACGCGAAAGUCUGAUCAUCCUUACUGGCCUUAAAUGCAUUUUCCAAAAACAACUUCCCAAGAUGCCCAAGGACUAUAUAGCCCGACUCGUCUACGAUCGUACACAUUUAUCCAUGGCUAUUGUCAAGAAACCUCUGGAGGUCGUUGGAGGUAUUACAUACCGCCCCUUUAAAGGACGCCAAUUCGCCGAGAUUGUAUUCUGUGCCAUUUCCUCAGAUCAGCAGGUGAAAGGGUACGGAGCUCAUCUUAUGUCCCACUUGAAAGAUUACGUCAAGGCCACUUCGGACGUUAUGCAUUUCCUCACUUAUGCAGAUAAUUAUGCCAUUGGUUACUUCAAGAAACAAGGAUUUACAAAAGAGAUUACCCUGGAGAAAUCAAAAUGGAUGGGAUACAUCAAGGACUACGAAGGAGGAACAAUUAUGCAGUGCACCAUGCUCCCCAAAGUACGCUACCUCGAAAUGGAUCGAAUGAUUUUGAAGCAAAAGGAGGCGGUCCACGCAAAGAUCCGCGCUUUCAGCAAAAGUCACCAAGUCCACCAACCUCCCAAGGAAUGGAAGAAUGGGGUUUGUAAGAUAAACCCCAUGUCUAUUGAUGCAAUUCGAGCUUCUGGGUGGUCCCCUGACAUGGACGAGCUGGCCCGUCAACCACGCCAUGGACCAAACUACAACCAACUUUUACAUCUUCUGAAUGACAUGCAAAAUCACGCCUCGUCUUGGCCAUUCUUGAAUCCCGUCAGUAGAGAUGAUGUAGCUGAUUACUACGAAGUCAUCACUGACCCAAUGGAUCUCGCCACUAUGGAACAGAGACUUGAGAAAGACCACUAUCUCACACCGGACGAUUUUGUCAAGGAUGCAAAGAAGAUUUUUGACAAUUGUAGGAAGUACAAUAAUGAGACGACUCCGUAUGCAAAGAGUGCAAAUAAAUUGGAGAAGUUCAUGUGGGCGCAGAUUAAGCUCAUUCCCGAAUGGUCGCACAUGGAGCCUUAG